AUUUACUGGCAUCCUGCGUUUUUUCCCUCUCUUUAGCAUUAGCGCUUAUCCGAAGUGUUUGCUGCGAAAGCUGUUCAGCCCGUUGUUACCUCCUUUGGACUCCACAGUGAUUUUUCUUUAAGACAGUUUCUCUCACUGAGUUGAAAUGAGCAACAACGAGGGAGAUUUUAGGAAGCAGGUGAGUUCCGAGCUUCAGGCCGAAAAUGUCGCGUGAAGCUUAUCAGUUAGCUGCUUUGUAGGAAAUAGGAAAUGUGUUAAAACGAACCGCUAUUAUUGACGUUAGUAUAUAUAUUUUUCGUGCUGAUAUAUUGAAAUUGAAAUUAAGACUUACUGAACAUAAUUGUGCUCACGGUUACAGUAAAGACGUUGCGGAUUAACAGGUUUCUCUGGUAACUGGUGGCCGACUUCCUUUAGCGUCCCUUGUUUUCACGCGCAAGCAGCAGAUUUUUGAAAGCGAACUCUCCUGGCGAAUGCGUUUUAAUCACAUUUGCAUUAAUGUUUUGAAAUUUCUCGUGGUUAUUAUUUCACCACGUGUUAUUAACAGCAACGAAAAGCGCCAAAGGAAGUCAGCCACCAGUUAAUCUAACAUACCAGUUUAGCUGAUCGUGGACUUUGCUCGACGGAACUUGCAGAUAGUCGCUACUGAUAAACUUAACCAUCUUAUGCAAUAGCUCAUUCUUAGCCAUCCAAAUGUUUAAUUCUAUAUCAUUUUAUCAAUCUAACGUGAAAACAUGCAGCUGAUUGCUAAAUGUUGUUUUUCCUGCCUUUGUUGUUGUUUUUAUUUGUGCCUCUUGGUUUUCUCAAAAAGCCCACAUGCCUUAUCACUCCUGUCUGUUCUUUGUUAAGGCAGAGGUUGGAAGAAGGAAAAAGGCGGAAGACCUUUCAGAUGUGAAGUUGUUGUUGUUUGCAGCUGAUGGUGUUGAUGCAUGCUAAUGUGGGGGAUGCUGAAAAGAAGCGAUCCAGAUCUGUCUCCAGCUUCUAGUGUUGUAAUGGCAGAUGGUAAAUGGGGGAAGAGGAAGAGAAAGAAGUCAUAAGUACAAACGGAAGAAAGAAGAAAUGAAGGGUUUUUAUGAAGUUGUGAAGUUAAGAUCAGAAGUUUACCAGGGACUCGAGGAGUGCUUCCUCUCGGGACUCAGUGAAAUCCGCCAGGCACUCACGUGAACGCUCUCAAGAUGGCUCUCGCCGUUCCAGGUCUCAGUCUCAGUCCCGAUCCCGAUCCCGAUCCAAAUCCAGGUCUCGGUCUCACAGAAGCUCGCGUAGGCACGAGUCCCGUUCCCGUUCACGCUCCCACAGGCGCCGCUCCAGGAGCCGGUCUCGCAACUCAGAUGACCGUCGGCAUAGAAGCCAUAGCCGCUCCCCCAUGUCAAAUCGUCGCCGACACAUUGGAAACAGAGUCAACCCAGAUCCCACCAACUGUCUGGGUGUGUUUGGUCUGAGCCUGUACACCACGGAGAGGGACCUGCGGGAUGUUUUCUCAAAGUACGGCCCGCUCACUGACGUCAACAUAGUGUACGACCAGCAGUCACGACGUUCGAGGGGUUUUGCAUUUGUCUACUUUGAAAACUUUGAGGACUCCAAAGAGGCGAAAGAGCAUGCAAACGGAAUGGAACUGGAUGGACGCCAGAUCAGAGUCGACUUUUCGAUCACCAAGCGUGCCCACACUCCCACCCCUGGAAUCUACAUGGGACGACCCACAUAUGGCGGUGGACCACGCCGCUAUGACAGGGGCCACGACCGGAACUAUGAGAGAAGUUACGACCGUGGCUAUGACCGUUACGAUGACCGCGAGUACCGUUCGUACAGGCGCAGAUCCCCGUCCCCUUACACGAGCAGAGGAUACCGUUCCCGGUCUCGAUCACGGUCCUACUCUCCACGUCACUACUGAGCAGCAAGAGAAAAGUGUUAUUGUUUGGAUAAUUCUUUUCUCUUCAUGUUUUGACCAUAAGUAUGUAAGAAGAAUUCCAUUUAAUUAAGAAACAUUAAACAAAACAAAAAAAAAUCUGAAAAGUGCCAUACGGGACACGGAAAACUUCUGUCAGAAAUGUAAAUUGGUGGGAAAUAAAUGGAUAGUGAAGGAGAUUUGCAUAAGAUGUACAUUGUAUGUCCUUUUUCAUGAAAUCUGUCAGUUUUGGUCAUAGGUGUGUACAAACCCUAAAGGCGGUCUGCUUGGCAUUGGCAGGUCAAACACUGGGCUUGUUUAUCUCAGUGGUGUUUUAUAGCAGGGUUUUCAUGACAGACCCUUGAUUUACCUGCCGUGUGGGGGGUGUCUUCUGAAAUAUUGACGUCCUAGUUUGCUUUUUAAAUGCCAUAUUUCUGUCUUGAUAGUUUGACCUGUUUAAAGUACACUUUUGUUGGCUGUGUAAAAGCAAUAAAGUAUGAGUCCUUGACUGUCA